AUGGCCGAUAAUCUUCCGUUCCUGGUAGACAGCUUAUUUGGUUGGGUCGUCACAGGCUCAGCUAGCACUACAAACCCUGCUCAGUUGCAGUCCAUCAAUCCUAGUAUCGUAGCUGUUUCCAUGCUAACACUGGAGGAGAGCAUGGAACGAUUAUGGAAAACCGAGGAAUUGACCGUCAACAAUAACUACUCCAUCGAUGAGUGCUACUGUGAAGAUUUCUAUCCAUCUACAACAACUCGAGACGAGUCAGGGCGCUACAUCGUUCGUUUACCACGAAAGCCCGACUUCGAUGCUAUGCUAGGAGAAUUUAAAACCUGUGCACUUCGCUGCUUCGCUCAGCUUGAACGACGACUCGACAGCGAUGAAACAUUGAAGGAGGAAUACCAUAAACUCAUAACGGAGUACCUCUCCCUUGGCCAUAUGCGACUGGUCGAGACGGACGACGGAAAUCACUCCCACACAUUUUAUGUGCCCCACCACCCUGUCCUAAAGGAAGAUAAUAUGACUACCAAAAUUAGAGUGGUAUUCAACGGUUCAGCUCGUACUUCGACUGGCUUCUCUCCUAAUGAAACACUUUGUGUGGAUCCGGUGGUUAAAGAUGACCUCCUUUCAAUCGUUCUUCGGUUCCUCACUUACCCUGAGGCUGUCGUCGGAGACAUAGAAAAAAUAUACAAACAGACUCUACAUCAUCCAGAUGACCUCGCUUUGCUACGCAUUCUCUUCCGGUUUUCAAAGGACGUCACUGUCCAGACUUACGAGCUUCUAACCGUGACUUACGGUUUAGCUCCAUCAUCUUUUUUGGCUACACGAACCCUUCAACAGCUCGCAAACGACGAAGGUUCGCAUACCCCUUAG